AUGGCUAUAAAAUUGAAAUAUCCAUGGUUAGGGGUUGCCAUUCCCUCUUUUAUUAUUUCGUUUAUUGGUUAUAAUUCACAUUAUUUCAUACUUUCGAAUUUUUUAUCCAUAAAGAAACAAAUAUGGUUCCAAUUUAGUCUUUCUAUGAUUUGGGUAUCAUACCUAUUAGCAAUCUUCACGAAUCCAGGUAAACCUCCCAAGAACUGUAAACCAAUUGAUUUUAAUGAUCAAAGGAAAUGGAACACGCAUUGUAAAAAAUGUAAUAAUUAUAAGCCUGAAAGGUCACAUCAUUGUAAGACGUGCAACCAAUGUGUUCUCAUGAUGGAUCAUCAUUGUCCCUGGACUAUGAAUUGUGUCGGGUAUAAGAACUUCCCACAUUUUAUUAGAUUUUUAAUGUGGAUAAUUAUUACUACUGGGUUUUUAUUAGUACACUUAUUGAAAAGAACAAUGACCAUGUGGAAUUUAAGACAUUUACCGAGUUAUAUAUUUGAUAGAAAUGAAAUCAUCUUUUUGACAAUUUUAAUUCCAAUGGACGCAUUCAUCUUGUUGACUAUUUCUUUAUUGUUCAUUAGGUGUUUUAAUAAUCAAAUAGUUAGAGGGAUGACACAGAUUGAAUUUUGGGAAUUGGAAAGAUUAGAAAAUUUAUUCUACAAUAAAAAGUUAUUACCAAUGAUAAUAGCCACUCUUUGGGAAGUUUAUCCAAAUGAACGUACAAAGGUAGCAGAUAAUUAUGCUGAUGAUCUAUUAUCAAGAAGGAAAAAAGUAAGGUUUGAAAAUAUAGUUAACUUCCCAUAUGAUAUCGAUAUAUGGACAAAUAUGAAUACAGUAAUGGGUAGCGCUUUCAAUUGGAUAUGGAUAUUUGGUGUACCUGAUAGAAACGGGCUCAAAUUCGAAAAGAAUGAAAUUUCUCUGUAUGAACCAGGAUCUUCAGUCGAGGAUCUUCUGUUAUCUCUACCUUGGCCGCCUGACAAAGGAAGGAAUUUUAUUUCUAAUAAAGAUACCUCCGUAGAAUCACUAGUAUAUGACGGUGAACAGGUAGUUAGAAACAGAGCCUCCAAUGAUACGAACAUCUCGACGAUAAAUAAGGAUAUUUCAAGAGAAGAAUGGAAUAAUGAUUGGGGUGAAAGUUUAGUUGAUUUCGGAGUAGAUAUAGAAGCAGAAGUUGAAUAA